UAUUGUGGGUGACUCCCAGCACGGGCGAGGAAUAAGCUACGGACGUGUCUAGAGGAGGCUUCAGCGAGAUAGCUGCAGCGGUAGCGAGAGUAGGGAUAGCGUACGGUGGGUGGGCAGCGGUGAAGAGUCGAGAGCGGCCGGAUGGAUUUUGCGGGGUUCGGGUUGGAGCGCGUGGCGAGCUUGGAGGACGGCAGCGACGCCGACGACUGGGAGCCGGCCGGCCGGGACGACCCGAACGGCGCCAGGGAGGCGUCUGGUAACGAGUCCGCUGAAGCGGCUUCGCCGGCUGGCACCGACGGCCGUCGCGAUUCCCCCAGUCGCGACGACUCGCCGUCGCAGUCGCCGUCGCAUUCGUCGCGAUCUUCAUCGUCGCUGUCGUCUAGGUCGUCAGCGUCGUCGCGGUCGUCGCACAGCGACGGGGAGAGCGAGGAUCGGGGCGCGGUGGAAGAGAGGAGGGUAGGCGAUGGGGGAGGGGAGGAGGAGAGGGAGGGCGGGUAUGAAGGAGACGGGCUGCGAGCCGAUGCCAAGGACAACGGUGGCGGGGACUCGGCGGGACGAGACGCCGGCGGCGACGGGCGUGAGGGCGACAAGCGGGAGGGGGAGGGGGGUGUGGGCAAGGUGGAUGGGGGGUUGGGCGUGAGUCUGGACUUUGACGAGGACGACGGGAGUGACUAUAACGCGUCUAGCGACGGCGAGGGAGGCGGGACAGGGAGCGACAGAAGCGGAGAGGACUGGCGAGGCGCGGGGGGCGAGGGCGGCGAGGGGGGGGAGCUGCAAGAGAGUGGCGUGAAGCGCAAGGAGAGGGGCUCGCCCGGGGCACCAGAGAGCGCUGGGCGAGCAGCCAAGCGGGCGGACACAGGGGCAGGAGGCGGGGCAGCGGGCAGCACGGGGGCAUCCUCAGGGCUGCUGGUGCGUGUGGUGGCGGACCACUACAGCCGGCGCGACAACCAGCAGCGGCACGUGCGCGAGGCCAGCCCCAUCAUCCACCUGAAGAAGCUCAACAACUGGGUCAAGUCCGCCCUCAUCCGCCUGCACACGCACCCGCCCCGCGGCGCGCGCGUGCUGGACCUCGCGUGCGGCAAGGGCGGCGACCUCACCAAGUGGGCGCGCGCCGGGGUCGGGUUCUAUUUUGGGGUGGACGUGGCGGAGGGGUCGGUGCACGACGCCAUGGCGCGGUACAACGGGGACUCAGACGAGUCGUUUGCCGUGGGAGGGGGCAGGGGAGGGGUGGGAACCGGGGAGGGUGGGGGGCGGCGGCAGAUGCGCUUCCCGGCGAAGCUGGCGUGCGCGGACUGCUUCGGGGUGGCGUUGGACCGCGAGCUGGCGGCGUGGGCGCCGUUUGACAUCUGCUCCACGCAGUUCGCGCUGCACUACUCGUUCGAGACGGAGGAGCGGGCGCGCUGCGGGCUGCGCAACAUUGCGGCGCUGCUGCGGCCGGGCGGCGCAUUCAUCGGCACCAUCCCCGACGCCAACGUGCUCGUGCAGAAGCUGCGCGCCGCGCCCAGCCUCAGGUUCGGCAACGCCGUGUACUCGGUGGAGUUCGCCGCGGAGUUCGGCGUGAAGCACUUCCCGUCGUCCCGGCCGUUUGGCAUCCGGUACGAGUUCCGGCUGGAGGACGCCGUGGACUGCCCUGAGUGGCUCGUGCCCUUCCCCUUCCUGCGGCGCCUGGCUGGGGAGUACGGGCUGCAGCUGGAGUACCACGCCAACUUCCACGACUUCAUCAAGACGCACGCCGCCGUGGAGCCGCACGCGUCGCUGCUGCGCCGCAUUGUGGGCGAGGCGUGGCGCGAGGAGAUGACGGCGGACGAGUGGGACGCAGCGUACCUGUACUGCGUGUUCGUGUUCCGCAAGGAGGGCGACGACGAGGGGGCGCAGGGGGCUGGGGGGGGAGGGGAGAGGAGGGAGGAGGUGUGCAGAAGGAUGGAGAGUGAUGAUAUCUUGAUACUUUGAGGCCGGACGGUCCUGGCUGUUGUGCCUGUGGGGUUGUGGUAUUGAGCUGCAUGCGUGCAGCCUGGUCCAAGGGGUAAAAGAGAGGCAAGUGGGCAGAGCAGGACCUCAAGCUCAAAUUUAGGCACCCUGCCCUCAGGGCACACGCUCUGAAAAGUGUGCACCUCACAGGGUUUGUGCUUUAUGUAUGUUGGGCUGAGAAAAGCCCUAGGAUCUUUUCAGAGACUAAGUCCCCCUUGUACAAGAUGCUUGAGUAGUUGACAGGCCCCACGAUAUCAGGAUUUUUACGCCUUUAACGCUUUUUUUCAGGAAUUAUGUGCUCAGGUUAUUCAACCUUCGACUACCCACAAGUUCAUGUGCUCAGGUUCACUCUGAUAAGACUUCCGCUGUCUUACUAGUCUACCAUUCCAGCAAAGAUCCUGGACCAACAUUUGAGGGUUUGCCAAGUGUUCUCAUUAAUAGUUUUAUACUUAGUCUUUUACAACACCAGGAGAUUUAUUUCAUGGUAUGAGUAUCAGAAUUGAGAAGUGAAUAAUUGAUAGAGUGAGAG